UGUAGUAAUUUCAGUAUGCCUCGUUAUAGGAUAACCUUACAUUUCGUUAAGAGACCUUUAGAGGAUUUUCACUAAUAUUAUAAACAGUGCUCUUAAAAUAAAUUAUUAAGUGUAUAAAGUUAACAGCGUUUUUGAAUAUCCACUGACCAUUUCACGAAAGGAAUAAAAGAAUACAGGAAAGAAAGAAAAACAAUAUUCCUCUGCUACCUGUAACAUAUGGACUUAAAACACAGGUGAGAGAAAUCACUAGACUGUAGCGCGGAUACAUUCAAUAUUUUAUACAGGAAAAUGACGCUUCUGUUGCUAAUAGUUUGGUUUCCUUGUGUCGUUGCCAAGACAAAUAUUAUCCUUUUUAUUGCCGAUGACCUUGGUUAUGGUGACAUUGGGUGUUAUGGCAAUCACUCCGUUAGAACGCCGAAUAUUGACAGCAUAGCUAGCGACGGAAUCAAAAUGACUCAGCAUUUAGCGGCAGCAAGCUUAUGUACACCAAGCAGGUCGGCGCUACUUACUGGUAGAUACCCAGUUCGCACAGGAAUGGCUUCACCGGUCAUGAUGAGAGUAAUAGCAUGGGCGUCCUCGAGCUGUGGGCUUCCGUCAUCGGAAAUUACUUUUGCUGAACAAACUAAGAAAGCUGGGUAUAUGAAUGGACUGUUCGGUAAGUGGCAUCUAGGUAUUCACAAGCAAAGGCUCGGUGACUUUGAACAUCAUCCGUUAAAGCAAGGCUUUGAUUACUUUUAUGGACCUAUUUAUUCUAACUUGGGCGAUUUUGGGGGCGAAAGUAGAAUAAUAACAGGACUGAUGCCUGGCUGGUAUGGGAAAUUGUUUUCAAUAUGGGCUGUAACCGCUGUUGCUCUUUUGUGUUUAUUCAGAGAAGAUUAUUUUGGUGCAAUUCCUUUUAUAGUUUUUAUAUUAAUUUGGUCUGUACCCUUGGCACUAGUGUACCUGCUGUUUGAAAAUUUCACCCUUUUGAACAGUUUCGUUUACAGAAAUUAUGAUCUUGUUGAGCAACCAGUUAGAUUUGCGGGAUUAAGUCAACGUCUAGUAAAUGAAGGCCUGGAUUUUAUUCAAAACGCCACCAAUUCGGGUAAACCGUUUUUACUUGUUAUGUCCUGGGUACAUACACACACAUUUUUGACGACAUCGAAACAAUUUGAGGGACGGAGCAAGUUCGGUCGAUAUGGAGAAGCUUUGGAAGAGCUUGACUGGUCAGUCGGACAGAUUCUAAAAUCAGUUAAAGAAUUUGGAAUAGAUGACAAUACGCUGGUUUACUUUACCUCGGAUCAUGGAGGUCACCUGGAGGAAGGUACUGAGGGCGGUUUUAACGGAAUACUAAAAGGCGGAAAAUCUCACGGUGCCUCAGAUGGCGCAAUUCGUGUUCCAGGACUGAUCAAAUGGCCACGAGUUCUAGAGAAAGGAAAAGUCACAGAUGAACCUACUUCACUGAUGGAUAUCUAUAAUUUGGUAUCGUCGGUUGCCGGGGUCAGUUUACCUGCAGACAGACAUAUUGAUGGUAGAGAUAUUUUACCUUUGCUCAAAGGAGGCGUUUUGGUAUCCCCGCACGACUUCUUAUUUCACUAUUGUGGUAACAUAUUACAUGCAGCAAGAUAUCGGCCACGUGACGGAAUAAAGACGUGGAAAUUGGUGACCCGUGAACCUGACUACAUUCCUGGAACAACCGUGUGUCAAUUUACAUGCAACUGCAACACUGACGUCUUGGCAACGCCAAAACUUUACGACAUUACCGUAGACCCAGGAGAAACUACCCCAAUAGACAGCCAUUCUAAAAAUUACAAAGAAAUAACGCCAAUUAUUCUUAAAGCGAUGGGAAUCCAUAAAAAUUCUAUAGAGCCAGCAGAGACUGAGUUCACAUUGAGAAAAUUGGCGCCAAACUUAACAUGGCAGCCAUGUUGUAAUGGAACAUUUCCUUUUAAUUGCUACUGUACUGAUCCAAAAUAUCCGGAAUGAAAAUGUUACUUUUAAUUCGUUAUAUUAUAGUGCAUGACUAAUACUCCAGAUAUAUCAUACCCAAACUUCAUAUUUGAAAAUAAAAGCAGUUACUACACAGUA